AUGACGAUGGCAGCAGGAGCAGCACCAGCAUCCCCGCUCCGCUGAAACAGCCACUGGAGAAGGAGGGGAAGGAGAGGGGGGAAGAAGAGGACACAGGGAAGAAAGAGAGAGGUAAAAACAGAGCCUCAUAGCCCACCACACCGCAUCAGCAUCAGGCUAGAAAAAGUGGGGGGAGACCCACCCCCUUGGGAGAGGAUUUGGAGACAAAGGAAUCUUCAUGUUCAAAGGCCCAGUGGAGAGCAAAAACGAAGCAGCCAUGUCUGAGCUGGUCCCAGAGCCACGACAAAAACCAGUCGUACCAAUGAAACCCAUGGGCAUUAACGCCAACUUGCUGGGCUACAUUGGUAUCGACACCAUCAUUGAGCAAAUGCGCAAGAAAACCAUGAAGACGGGUUUCGACUUCAACAUCAUGGUUGUAGGUCAGAGUGGACUGGGAAAGUCAACAUUGGUGAACACCCUCUUCAAAUCCCAGGUGAGCCGCAAAUCUUCAGGCUGGAACCGGGAGGAGAAGAUCCCCAAGACAGUGGAGAUCAAAGCCAUUGGGCAUGUCAUUGAAGAAGGUGGUGUCAAAAUGAAGCUGACAGUGAUCGACACGCCGGGAUUCGGGGACCAGAUCAACAAUGAGAACUGCUGGGAGCCUAUUGAGAAAUAUAUCAACGAGCAAUAUGAAAAAUUUUUGAAAGAGGAGGUGAAUAUUGCAAGGAAGAAGCGAAUUCCAGACACGCGAGUGCACUGCUGCCUCUACUUCAUCUCCCCCACAGGCCACUCCUUGCGGCCUUUGGACCUGGAGUUUAUGAAACAUCUCAGCAAGGUAGUGAACAUCAUCCCGGUUAUUGCCAAGGCUGACACCAUGACCUUGGAGGAGAAGACCGAAUUCAAACAAAGAGUGCGCAAAGAGCUAGAAGUAAACGGGAUCGAGUUUUACCCCCAAAAAGAAUUUGACGAGGACUUGGAGGAUAAAACAGAGAAUGACAAAAUCAGGCAGGAAAGCAUGCCCUUCGCAGUAGUGGGCAGCGACAAGGAGUACCAAGUGAAUGGCAAAAGAGUCCUGGGCAGGAAAACACCUUGGGGAAUCAUUGAAGUGGAAAACCUCACUCACUGUGAAUUUGCCCUACUUCGAGACUUUGUCAUCAGGACCCACCUUCAGGACCUAAAAGAAGUGACCCACAACAUCCACUAUGAGACCUACAGGGCCAAGCGGCUGAAUGACAAUGGAGGGCUGCCCCCCAUGACUGUCGAGACAGAGGAAAACCACGAAAGUAACCUGUGAAUGACAUCCUCGCUGUCACCCGGUGUCUCUGGAUAGGAGAACCCACCCCUGCUACCCUUGACUCUACCAUGGGCCUGUUUCUGAAGCAUGUGGCGCAUCCUUCGUGUGCGUGAGAGGAUGCAAGCGUGAGUGUGUGCAUGUGUGCGUGUACCUACCUAUGUGCCGGGGAGUGACCAAAGGCAUCUCCCCUGUCCUUCCCAGAGUGUCCUCAUUCUCAGUUUGUUUUUUUGCACAGCGGACUGUCCGUCACCUACCUUUCUCUUGUUUCUGUGUCUCAGCUGUGUGUCUUGCCUGAGUGAAAUUGGAGGGGGGAAGGAUUUCUGGGAGCAGGAAGGCUUCAGGGGUGGGAGGUGUGGGGUAUGCUGUGGUCCUGUUUUUAUCACUUGGAGACAUGGCAAGGAGAGACUCCAGGAGAGAUGGUGGAGUCAGUGCAUGCAGUGUCUUCAAGUGAUGGCAGCAGAGAUUUCUCUUGGGUCCUCGGUGGGUGGAAUUGGUCUGAGGGCACAGUGGCCCAGCAUUUUAUCCCCAUUAUCUUGCUGUGGCUUCCCAAGGGGAAAUGGCAGCUUGGAAGUGGAUAGAUGGAAGAAGUGACAGACUGACAUGUUUUGCGGGUCAGAGGAAGUGACCAGUGGGUAGAGAUAGAAUUAUUUCUUGGGCUAUAGCACCUAUUUGAGAAGUAUCAAAGUAUUUGGGGAAAACAGCCACAUUUUCCAAAAGAAGCAAAACCCAGAGGAAAAGAAUGUGUUCCUGCUGCAGAGGGUGCAUUUGCCCUGCCCAGUGCUAAGAUCAAAAGCCUUACUUGUGUCACAGGCUUUUGAUCCUGUGCAAAUGAGACCAAGCUGCCCUGAGGUCACCCCACCUCAUCCCCUGUUGCAGCAGUCUCUCUCCACCAGUGCUGAGCAGGUGCUGAACCUUUCCCACACCACACGGCCCCUCUGCUGCAGGAGCACAGGGAAGACAGUGAGUGCCACGGGUGGUCCCUGCUGGGACCCACUCGGCACAGGGCCUUCAGGAUCUUGGAGGAGUGCAAAGAGCCGUGGGUUGAGAAGCACUGGGCCGGCGUGUCUCCCUGGGUCUCCACUGAUGGUGGGAACACAAGAGAUACCUCCUCCUCACUGAAAAGGCUGCAUGUGCUGCUCCAGCAGUCUCACCUUGUGCUGCUCCUCCGCCCUCCUACUACCCUCCCAGCUUCCAUGUUGUCCUCUCCUGUGCUUUUGUCCUCAUUCCCUUUUAGCCCUCCAUUGCCUACCUUCCUUUCUCUUCUCUUCUCUUCUCUUCUCUUCUCUUCUCUUCUCUUCUCUUCUCUUCUCUUCUCUUCUCUUCUCUUCUCUUCUCUCUUCUCUCUUCUCUUCUCUUCUCUUGCUUUCUCUUGCUGUCUUUCUCUUGUUUUUUCUUUCUUUCCUUCUUUCCUUUUUUUCUUUCUUCCUCUCUCUUUUUGUCUCUCUUUUUCUCUUUCUUUCUUUCUUUCUUUCUUUCUUUCUUUCUUUCUUUCUCUUCUGGACCCUUUCUGUCUCUCCUUCAUUUCUCCAGGUACUUGAAUCUUCCUCUUCUCCAGGCUGUUUCCUCCCUCUCCCUCUCCCAAGCUUUCACACCUCCUUAUCAAUGUGCUUUUGUGUCCUGUUGAGAAGCUGUUGUUUCACCCUCCCCUGGAGAGGAUGGGGAGGGAAGGUGAAGACCCAGGAGCAGAAUGAGGCACAGCUUUACUGAAGACUAUAUGCUUGUGUCUAGCCUGGGUCAGCUCCUUUCUGGAUGUCCCUGAGCCAUGUGGAGUGUCAGGGCUGGCUGGGCAGAAGGGAGAAGGGAAGAAUAUCAGAUGUCCUAGCAUGUCACACAGCUGGCAGGGCUUGUCACCUCCAGGAGAACAGCCAGUUGCACUUAAGUGCAGAAUGUCAUGGCACGGGGUGGCAACGCUGCAAGGAAGGGGAAGUGUGGUGGGUUUGGGAUGGGGUUUGGAAAGGCUGGCGUGGGGGGGAGGAAGAGGUCCCAGCGAGGGGACAGCAGAGGAGGACUCAAGCCAAGCCUGAGGCUGGUUGACAGAGCUGUACGGGUGCCAGGGCUGGGAAGAGGGUGCUCCAAGCCUUACCAAAACCACCUAAGAGCAUAUGUCCAUCUUGUGGCUUUCUCUGGUGCUGUUACUGCAAAGCAAAGGUCUCUUCACUCUUGCUCCCACCUGUUCCCACAAAUCAGCCGUUCUCAGCACCACUAGGAGGGCCAUUCCGGCCCUUCACAGUCCUUUCACCAUCCAUGUUCACGGCUCCUGGUGUUCCUGUACGCAGCGUGUGCAUGUAGCCUUGCACCUGCCUUCCUGCCUGUUCCAGGCCUCCUCAUCCCCGCAGAGAACAAAAGCCUUGUCACUGGUGCCAGCAGCCAUACCAUGGACCCUGCAGAAACCACCCUGCUACACUGUGACCCAUCCUGCCAUCCACACCAGCCAUCCGCAGCCCAACGUGGGGUCAAAGCCUCCUCCCAGCUCGUCUCCACCAGCCGGCCAGGCACAGAGGUGUCCCCAGCAUCACCAGCUGCCAGAAGCAUCUUCUCAGCCAUCUUCUGCUGCUGCUGCUGCGGCUGCUCCUGCCUAGCCUCUACAUAUGUUUUAAAACCAGUGCAAUAGGAAAGACUCCUUCAGGGCUCCUCUUCUUCACUGCACUGAAGCAUGAAGCCAGGCUCCGUCGUCUUUAGCAGGGGCAUGCGGAGGUUUUCCCUGUGCUUGCUUUCUCAACACAGCUCUUUGGUGGCCACGCGACUGCUCUAGAGGAACUCUCUUGCCACUGGGCUAUGGUAUGGUCAUUUCUACAACUUUUGGGCCCAAACAAGGGUUAUGGCAGAGAGCCAGCGCUGCCCGGCUUCAUGAAAGCAAAUCAGACUCCACGCAACAGGAGAGGUUUUCCUUUGCCUGUAACAUGGAUUGCAAGGACAAGGCCGUGUGUUUUGCCCUAUAGGUUUAGGAACUUUUGUUUGUUUGUAAUAAGGUGUUUUUUAAGCUCUGCUCUGUAAUUUCCUGUCAGAUCCCAGACUACUUCUAAAGGAUCCAUAAAAGCUCACUGAGAAAAGCAAGCUCAGGUAUUCCUCACUGCCAUCCGAUCAUGUAAAUAUCCUACUGGUAUCUGCGUACCUACCAGAAAGUCUACAAAUGGCAAAUAUAAAAAACUUCCUGUGCUGUGCAACAGCAGGACAUUCUGUUGGGAAAAGUCUCUGCCAAUGGAUAAGCUGGGAAAAGCCUGAAGGGAUCCUAGCUCUCACGUGCCACCAGCUGAGUCCCAGGAUGACCACAAGUCAGAUGUUCCCCUCAAAGGUAUCACUUGAAUGGUAUCAUAGGGGGUAGACUCUAAAUUUUACACCGGAGGUACCCGCUCAGUGCGUUCAGAGACUCGCCAACUCUUCACCACAUAAGCCAUUCACCAGAAAAAUUUUGCACUGCAUGGUAAAUCCCAAAGGUCUUUUUUUUAAUGCUGGACAAAUUCCACUUAGGCUACAUUGGUAACGAACAUCACGACAGGUGUGGCUACGCUGUGAGCAGAGAGAGCAAGAAGAGCAAGCAGCGCUAUGUGUAGGCACUAGUAUUUGUGGUUAGUUGUGAGGACACGUUAAUUACGGUUUGCUACGGUUUGUAAGCAGGCGUCUCGGGGAAAAGGCUGCCAGCACCCUUCACACCCCACCACCGGUCUCGGAAAGCAGCACUGCGAGGGUUACACAGAGGACGGCAAAAAUCGCGCUUCAGCCACACACCGGACCGGGGGGGGUUAGGGAAAGCGCCUUCCCCGGCCGCCUCAGGCCCAAAUGGGAGCCAGCCGCAGGCCGCCGGUGCCGCCGCCAGGCGGGGACAUGAGGGGCCGGGCCGCGGCCCUUUCCAGCGGCUGCCCACGGGCCUUAAGCAGACCGGACGCCGGGGCUGCCCCGCGGCCCGUCACGGGAAACACGCGGUGCCCGGGGGCGGGCGGGGGCGGGCGGUGCCGCCAGCUGUAGCGUCCCUUCCGCCGGCGGCCAUUAAACACAGAGUCGCCUGA